AUCGCGUCUGUUGGCGUAUAUUCAACUUACACAGUGGCAUCCGCGACCGCUCGCGACGCCGGCGCAGGUCUGGAGGGAAAUCGGAAAACCAUCGGCUAUACCACGCCCUACUUUAUUUUCACCGUGAUAAAAAAGAGUGAGCUGCAAUGGCCGCCGGCGACGUGACCCGUCGCGCCUCCAUAACUGCGCCCUCCAUGCACCGCCGCCCUUCGGCUAGACGCGGCUCGCUCAUUAAAGGAUCUCAGCCAUCUACAUCACAGGAAGUGCCAUGGGACAUCAUCGACCGCUGCGCGCUGCCCGUGGUUCUGUGCCACGCGCUGGCCGUGGUGCUAUCAGCUCUGCUCAACGCGCUGCAUAUCAGCCAGAUAUCUGUCUUCACGCUGUUCCUCUGGUUCUCCAUCUCGGUCACCGGCUCGCUCUGGUUCUACCACAACCUGCAGGUCACAGCCGCCGGUAAAGCAGUAUUGGUAACAGGGUGCGACAAUGUGCUAGGAAACGCUCUGGCCAGACGUCUGGACGAUUUGGGCUACCACGUGUUCGCCGGCUUCCAGAAUAAGGCCGGUAACAUAGACGCUGAUAUGCUCAAAGAAGACUGUUCCGGUAGACUACACACUCUACAACUUGAUAUCACUUCAGAAACCCAGAUUCUCUCCGCGUCGCUGUAUAUUGUGGACCAUCUACCAGAGGGCGCGCAGGGGCUGUGGGCUAUAGUCAACUGCGAGUCCUGGUGUGCACUAGGCGAACUAGAAUGGGUGCCGUUUUCAGUCAUUCGCCGCGCUAUGGAAGUCAACCUUUUGGGCCCGGCUCGGCUGGUGCAGGUGAUGCUGCCGCUUGUGCGUCGCUCCCGUGGCCGCGUGGUGCUGGCGUCGUCCAUACUGACCCACGUAGCGGCGCCGGUGCGCGGGGUGCACGCCGCCUCGCUCGCCGCCCUCGACGCGCUUGCCGCGUGUCUGCGCCGUGAACUAAAGUCCAGAGGCGUUGACGUCGUGGUGGUAGCCGCGGGCGAGUAUACGACAGGCAACGCGUGGCUGUCCGAGGAAAAGCUUCUGGAACAAGCGCGCGACAUGUGGAAGCGGCUGAGCGACGAACAAAAGGGCGCCUAUGGAGAAGAUUACUUCGAGCAAGCACUCCGCAGCCUAGAGAAAUAUACUAAGAGUGCCGACGCUGACCUGACUGCGGUGACUCGAGCGCUGAGCGAUGGCGUCACGCGGACCUUCCCUCUCUCCCGCUACACACCGGUGUCCCCUCGCGAGAAGCUCAAGUCAUUGUUAGCGGAACAUAUGCCACGCUCCCUCUACGAAGGCCUCUACGCCGAUUAAACGGAACCACAGCGGACUACGCCGAUCUUGUAAACGCUAUUGUAAGCCACAGUCUUUAUUACUGACUAUUGUUACAAUGUAGGCUUCCAUCAAGACCGUAAGAGAUGUAACAGGGGUUGUCAACUUUGUAAAACACAAGAGGUUUUUUUGUUUUAAAUGUGUUACAGGCCAGAUCCAUAUAUCCUGUCCAAAGAUAUUAAAUCCUUGAUUGUAUAAGAAACAUUUGCUUACAAACUAAUUACCAUUGCUUCGAUCUGGCCUUUUAUGAGGAUUACUUUACGUGGUUUAUUACAUUUUUUUUCAAUAUUUAAUCACUGAUAAUAUUGAAAAAAGGUUGGCUGCCCCUGGUAUAGAAACUAUUGUAAAUCUCACCAAAUUACUAGUCCGCUUUGAACACAAUCCGUAUGACUGCGCAGUUUAAAAAAACAUAUACCAGCGAGGCAAAUAUACCUACGCAAUGAGCGUGUUACAACUUCAGAGCGGACAAGAAGUUUGGCGUUGACUCUACGUAAUUAAUUUAUAAUUCUUUGAAAAUAAGCUGUUUACCGUAACAUUGUGAACCUAGUUUGUUAAUAUUUAACAAAUACCUUUGUUAAAUAUUAACAAAAUGUUUCAAAAAGUGAAAAAAAAAACCUUUCAAUAUUAUUUUAUGCGUUGCGGUUUUUAGUUCAGCAACUUCGCACAAGCGAAACACGAUGCCUGAUACUUAAUUGCUGUAAUAAAUUCAACUAAAACGUUGUUUAGAACGAGUUUAGGUUCUCGUGUGCAAAAUGAGGCCAGCUCGCAGUUGCUGAAGCCUGCAUGAAUUAUGUAAGCUUUUAAGGUCGAGUAAGUUUUCUGAUCAUUUAUGCAAGUCCCUCUCACUUGAACACGUUCUUAGCAUCUCUUUUACAGUGGAAGGUUAUAGAUAUGGGUAACACGAAGCUAAUGAUAUCUAUACGAGUAUACCUGCACUAAUGAUAUCUAUACACUGCAAUAUUGCUUUUGAAAAUUGUGUUGGCUAUAAAACUUUACUUUGUUAGUUUUUAGUAGUUAGUUAGUAUUUUUAGCUUUACCCUUAGAUGUUACGAGUAUCUUUUUUUUUUCAAAAUGAACAGAAAUUACAUUUUCUACUACUUCUAAGCUUUUUUCUGAUUUGUAGUGAAGGUAUUGAUACCAAAACAUGGAUAUCGAAAGUCUUUGACAGUACAACUGAAACCUUUCAUCAAUUACUAAUUGUUCGUUGGAUGAGCUGUUUUGAUUUAUUUAUUUAAUAAAUUGUUUAUUCCUUGAACUGUAUUUGUCUUUAUGGCUUAAAAUUAUUAAACGACUUCAAAAAAAGGAGGAGGCUCUCAAUUCGAUUCGACGCGUAGUUUUUUUUGUAUUAUUUAAUCUUUGUAAACUUCGUUAUUUCUUUUCGUAACUUUUUUUGUUUGAAACUUCCAACUUUCAGAUUGGUCCCAUUUAAUUUUCAUGUUUGUUCAGUAAUUUGUGUUAAAAUGAAAAUAACGAAAACGUUUACGUUCACUAUGCUGUGCUAUGACACACGAAAAACAGAAAAAUAAAAUCUUUUUAACAACAUUAACCUUCUGAUCAUUUUGAAGGCGGUGCCAACACAGUGAUGCAUUAACUCAAGCCGUUUACAUCAUAAAGUUUUAGGAUUUUCAGACGGUUUGCUGCCGUGGUUCUUUUAGAAACGGCUUUAAUUAAUGCGCCACUGGCCUGGCACCGCCUUCAAAGUAAUCAGAAGGCAGCACAUGCAAUGUUAUUUUUCGCUUUUUAGUUAUUUUUUGUAAUUUUGUCGGUUGAUUUUUUGUUAAAAAGAUAUUUGAUGGUCAGUUUGUCAGUCAAUUUUCCUACCAUACUCGUAGAUAAAUACGGUGGGCAACUAUGGAAUUAAGAUUAUUGGGAAAAUCCUCUCGCUUUUUGAUAAAUUUUGUGAUGUUUGGACAAUCUUUUUAUUUCCCCUCUUUUAAAGAAACAAUUUGAUUAAUUCAAAUAUAACUAUAUGAAAUAUAAUUUGAAGUAGUUUAUGUAUUGAAGUAUAUUAUUCAAUGUUUUAUUAUAUAUUAUCAAAAUUUAGUUUAAUAGAGUUUACGUAUAUAAUUUAAACGUUGUUUAAAGCAGAGCAUAAUUUAACAAAAAUUCUAACAAUAACUGUAACAAUUAGUCUUUGUGACUUGAUUUACAGUCACAACACUUUUGUCAAAAUUAUGAUUUUAAUCUUCAUUUUUACCUUUACUCAUGGAUUAAUACGGUGAAAUUAUUAUAAAAAAUUAUUAAUUUCAUGAUUCCUGUAAAACAAAAUAUAAUAGUUUGUCUAUAUAUAGAAGUCCGUUUAGCUUUGUUUGUGGUAAGGUGUGAAGACAAGUGUUCAAAAAAAAUCAUGGUCCAAGAUCCAGCAAGAGAAAAAUAUACCCUCAUCUGAAGACUCCACCAAGAAAAAAAAUCCAAUCAUACUAACCGGCCACAAUUAGGCAACCUAUUUGCAAUGUGUCGAUGUGAAUAAUUUCUAUCAUUUAUUUCUCAAAUAAAUAACGGAUGUGGGUAUAGUCCUUUUCAUGAAAGAAGUCCCCCAGACGCGACGCUAACGUCGUAAUGGCGCUCAUUGUAAUUUGGUAAUGGCGGUCUUAUUGUCAUUUGUGUAAGGCGCUGUCAAUUUUAGUGCAGGUUUGAGCCGCGGAACUUCAUUCAUGAAAAGGACUCUAUAUAUUUCUUGUCUCGCACGCUUGUACCUUCGAAAAACCUCUUUAUUCUAAAAACGCGCGUCAUCAAAGCGCGCGCUUCGAAACGCCUAAUAUGUACUCGCUCUAUGAAAGUUGACACAAAAGCGCAUUGUCAUCUUACCAAUCCAUCCAAAGCCAAACUUUCCUAACUAGUAUCUAACAUAGUGUCUGUAGUACCUAAUAUCCAAUCUACGUAAAUAGUAUGUGUUAUCAAAUAUAUCGUUUACAAUCAUGCAUGUUUGUGACAUGCGUUUGAUAAACUACGUUAAAUAUUGAAGUCAGUAUAUAUCAGUUUUACCAACACGAAAAACCGUGACGAAAAACGGACGUGAUAUGCAGUCUUUAAAUUUUGAGUACAGAACCGUAUGAGUUAUAUUUAUGUGUUGUUUUUUAUUGUAUAAUGUUUUGUGCUUCAAUUAAGUUGUAGUAAUAUUUUACUAAGCAAAUUUUGAUAGAAAAUUAUUACAAUUGUUUGUAAAUGUAGGGUAGCUCAAUAUUAAUUCGAUAUUCAUAUUGUUGUCUUAUAUUAAACGAAUUAGUAACAAUAUUACUUAUUAAUAUUACUUUAGUAAGCGGUACUUGAAGGACUUCUACUUGGCAAACUGUAGGUACCUACUUCAAGUAUAAAAGAUCGAACAAACAAACAAACAACAAUUUGCUUACAAACUAACUUUAACUGAACAGUCGAACAAUUGUAUCAACCAGUUUUAAAUGUUAAACUGGUGAUAAAAACGACAUAUGUAUAUACCGUAUAUAUCUACAGUGUGCGUCUCAGACAAGUAGCGUGGCAGACACCCACAGACACCGUAUAUUCACACUGCCCAGCAGGUAGCUAGAGACACUUAAAGUCCUUUUUCAUGAAAGAAGCCCCCCAGACGCGGCGCUAAUGUCUUAAUGACGCUCAUUGUCAUUUGGUAAUGGCGGUCUUAUUGUCAAUUGUGUAAGGCGCUUUAAUUUUAGAUCAGGUUUCAUAAAAUGGACUCUACAGACAUGAACCGCACAGACAAAAUAUACUUUCCGCGAAUACUGGCCGGGCGCGGGCCGUGUCUGUCAACGUCUGCGCGAUCGCGUUAUGAUAGAUAAUAAACACUAUAUAGAAGAAUAUUAUUUAGUCUGCCACGGCACGUGUCUGGCACGCUAAAUGUCUGUAGAUAUAAACGGACCUUAAAACUAGCCACAUUUUUUCAAAGAUUUUGUCACAGAACAGAUAAAGCGCUCAGACUAAGCAGUUUCUAUGUAAACUUAGUUAUAUAAAUUGACACGCGGCUAAAACUCACCCGAUACACUCAGUUUGGUUCGUGCCGCGUUGCAAGCACCAGCACAUGACUAAGGAUCCGUAUGGGUUUGAAGUUUCGACUAGUCAGUCGGGCAUAUUCCGACGUUGUAUCACGUCAGUUUUAGCCGUGUUACAAAGUCAAUUAAUAUGAAUAAUACUUACGAUAGUUUAAAUUCUAAAAUAAACUUAGUAAAUAGAUUUUUGUCUAACUUUAAAGAAGCAAAUGAUGAGAAAGAUGUUAGUGAGUUAUAGCAUAUCUAACCUCCAAAGCAAUAGUCAGUAUAAUAUAUUAUUUAAAAGUCAUUUAAAAUAUUUAUAUGAAACAUAACCCCGAAAUAAAUUUUAUACGACCCAUGAAACUAUAUAAAAUGCAUUUAUACAUCGGAUAAAAUUAUGUUCUAAUUUUAUUAAUCCAGUCUGCAAUUUUACGUCUAUGUAUUUAAUUUUUAAUUUAAUAAAAUAAAUUAAUAAAAAGUGUGCCUAUUA